ACCAUUUUCAUUUCAUAAAAAAAAUCUGACAGAAAUACAUACAGAUCGAAAUUGGCGCCCCUUUUUCUCCUGCACUGUUGAUCCCAAUCUCUCUCUCUCUCUAGAUUUCAAAUCGUUUACAGUUUCUUCUUUCGCCAUGUCUUUGCGAAGAAGAACUUUGCUCAAGGUUAUUGUUCUCGGAGACAGCGGGGUUGGUAAGACGUCACUGAUGAACCAGUAUGUGCAUAAGAAAUUCAGUCAGCAAUACAAAGCUACAAUAGGAGCUGAUUUUGUAACCAAAGAAUUGCAAAUAGACGACAGGCUUGUCACUUUACAAAUUUGGGACACUGCGGGGCAGGAGAGGUUUCAAAGCCUUGGUGUUGCAUUUUAUCGCGGGGCAGAUUGCUGUGUUCUCGUGUAUGACGUAAACGUGAUGCGAUCUUUCGACACACUUGACAAUUGGCAUGAGGAAUUUCUCAAACAGGCAAACCCACCAGACCCUGAUAAUUUUCCUUUUAUAUUACUUGGUAACAAGAUCGAUAUCGAUGGGGGAAACAGCCGAGUUGUUUCCGAGAAGAAGGCGAAGGAAUGGUGUGCUGCGAAAGGGAAUAUACCUUAUUUUGAGACAUCUGCAAAAGAAGAUCAUAAUGUGGAUGCUGCAUUCUUGUCUAUUGCUAGAACUGCAAUGGCAAACGAGCAUGAGCAGGACAUAUACUUCCAAGGUGUCCCUGAGGCCGUACCAGAAACAGAGCAACGAGGCGGCUGUGCGUGUUAAUACUUGUUUGUUGUUGCUGACGUCAUCCUUGGCAUUUUAUACUUGAGGCUGGCUGGCUCUCAUUUGUGUCUUUUCCUUUUAAUCAGAAAUUUUGUGCAAGAUUUUAUUGAAAUGUUUUCAUUAACCUUAAACUCAAUGUAAGGCUUGUUUGGUUUGUUGUUAUGAAUUUAAACACUUAAUGAAUAUUCCAAAGCAUGUUUCAUGA